AUGAGUCAGAAUCAGCAGUCAUACACGGUGGGGCGAAACAAGGGUGGAGGGUCUGUUAAACGUGCCAGAGAGAUGUUGAACGCAGGCGCACGCGCGCAAAACCAGAAUGAUCGAGGAAUGCCGCCACCAUUGCGGCCAAGACCGACGCAUAGUCGUUCCAGCUCACAGGAUGCAGAGAUAGAGAUUGGUUAUGAAUUCGAAGAUGACCCAAGAGGACCGGUCCCUAUUAUGCCUAUUCAAGGGUUGCAGAUCCCUAGGCAUAGUGGUCCCCCGCCUAGUUCAAGAAGGGGUCCGUCAUCAGUAUAUUCGCGGCUGAUUGGUACUGCUGUCUCUCCUAUACCGGAAGAGAGUGUCAGACAAACCCGAAAGAAUACAGAGUCUUUCGCCUCAAGCACAGUCAUUCCAUCCAGUUGGGGAUCUGGGCCACCCACGCCAGAUGUUCUCGGCUCUAAUGGGUCUGAACAAGAAGAGCCCAAACCCGAACCUAAACCUGAACCGAAACGAAAUAAACGUGAUUCAUUGACGAUUUUGCGACAAGCCAGUCUAGGAAAGCGUGGGAAGCCUUCAUUGCUCUCUAUUAGCAAGCCCCAGGAGCAGCCACCAACGAAAAACAACAAAUCUAGCGACAGUAAGGUCAACGGUCUGCAGCCCCGCGCCUCAUUGGAUUCUAUUGCCUCCGACACCGACUCGGUAGACCUAGAAAAAGAGAAAAUAGAGAUCGAGAACGAGAAAAAAGCACAGAGUAUUGGUAUUGGGCUUGGACUCGGCCGGCCUGGCGCUGGAAUGAGUAGCAGAAAGCCUGACUCUCAUCGACCUCCUGAGCUUGAUUUGAAUGCAGUGCGCUCCGCUGAAGCCCACGGAAGUUUGACUAGCUUACCAGAUCUUAUUCGGCGUGCAACACAGGUGGCUUCAAAUUUGGAACACGGAAGGACAGCGAGUCGGCUGGGAAUAUUGGAUAUGUUUGAUUUCGGAAAUGGAGGCAAGCGGUCGAGAGCUUCGCAGAAUCGUUCGUCUACUACCAUGUCGGUUAUUUUGGCUUCGUUUCCGCCGCCUCGUACCGAUACUCCUGAUGACAGCGUUCGAACGUCUUGGCCAUCUGCGCCAACAAAUGGAGUUGAAAAGUCUCGAUUGAGGGAGAUGCAGAGGAAUUCAGUAGACGAAUCUCAAGAUGAAACCAAGCCACGCCGGCGAUGUUGUGGCAUGUCCAUGCGGACAUUUAUUUAUGUUUGCAUCGUAGUGCUGUGCACUAUUGCCGCUGCGGUUGUGAUUCCCAUCAUUCUUGUGGUUCUUCCCCGGAACAACCAGCCUACAGAGUCGGCCGCCGCAGUGAAUACCACAAUGGCGUCAACAUGCGAACAGAAACUUCCGUGUAUGAAUGGUGGCGUGAGCGUUCAAUCUGGUAGCACAUGCUCAUGUGUUUGUGUUAAUGGAUUCUCUGGCACUCAAUGCGCCACUGUCAGCGAUGGCAGCUGUACGACGACCAAGACUUUGCAAAGCGGCAACGCCACUAUUGGAAGUUCACUUCCCAAUUUGUUCACCCAAUCCGAGACCGACUUUAACAUUCCUUUGAAUGAAACGGAGAUUCUCAGCCUGUUCAACGCGAACAAUGUGUCUUGCACGGUACAAAAUGCAUUGGUUGCGUUUGCUGGGCUCUCUCCAUCCAAACUUCGGCGGCGCCAUGGAUCGGUAGAAAUCCAGGAUCUAGAAUCAGAACCAUUGGUACCGACAGUGCCGAUUAUCAAGCGAGCAACAACAACUCAGGCACCAAAUGCCCCAUACGUUCCGCCAAUUCUGAGCGUUCCAACAAGCACCGCCGUGUUAGAAGCUGCGGGAGCGAUGCAAACAGCCGCAACGUCAACUACCAAACCAGCAUCGGUAACAUCCGCAUCUGCUUCAGCUUCAACUUCUGCACCUUCAGUCAACGGGACAGCCGCACGGGUUUAUGAAUUCGCGCGUGUUGCCGUUUUGUUCAUUUUCGAACGGACUCAAGAUCUCAGCGUGACAUCAACGGCACAACGCCAGAUCGAUUUAUACCUUUUGUCCGAAGAUGUCAGCUCGGACCCUAAUAUGAAGAUGAGCAUGACCAAGCCGGUAUCGUUUGUGCUCGAUUUUACCCAUUUUACCAUUACCUUGUCCGACGGGACGGUUGUUGGCGGCAAUGGGACUGCCAUUUGA